UAAAAAACAUGUUACGAGCAAAAAAUUAAAGUACUUAUAUAUAAAAAUGUCCAUAGUUUUUUUAAAUAAAACACCAUUGAUUUUUUUUGUUCAACCACCCGAAACACUGUAGAGAAGAUAGUACAUAUAUGCACUUAAUCAAUAUAAAGUUUGGAAAAGUAGAAAGACAACUACUUGCAUAAAUUGAUUAUAAAAACAAGGAGUAAAUGAAUCCUAACUAUUCGUCUCAAAACAACAUUCAUUUAUCUCGUGAUGCAAAAGAUACCAAUAGGAACUCAAAUAAAAUCAGCUAUCCACACAAUAUUACUGGGUUUCAAAACCCUACGAAUCAUCAAAACACUAGUACUUUACAAAGUUCUAAUCCUCUUAAGAAUCCUAAGACUUUUCAAAAUCCUCGUACAUUACAAAAUUCUACCAUGUUUGAAAGUUCGACGAAUUUUCGAAACCCUAGUAACUUACGCCACCCUGCUAGCUUCGAAAUUACAGCAAAGUGUAGCAACGACACAAGUUUUCCAAAUGCUUUCAGUGGUUCCAAUCCUCUCAACAAACCUUUUACAAACCCUUAUACGAUAAAUCGUCCUACUGUUCCAGCCAGUCUACGAGUAAAUAAUCCUGAACUAACACCGUCACACUUGCUUUCAAAGCAUCCAUCCGCCAGCUACCCAGACAAGAAAGUUGAGCAAUCUUUACACGGUGAUAUUGCACAAUGCGGAACGAUCCUACAAGGAAGCGUGGGUAGCCAAAUUUGGGCAGAUAAAACUUUGCAAACUUUUGAGAAUAGAUCGGAUCACUCUCAGAGAGAACACAAUGAUGACGAAGAAGAGGAAGAGGAGAAGGAUUUACCUUUUCUUGAAGAGCUUGGAAUUCAUCCUGAAAAUGUUUGGGAGAAAACUAAAUCAGUUCUUUUAUUUCGCAAAAUUGAUCAAAGUCUUCUCCAAGAUGUCGAUAUGUGUGGCCCUGUAUUUAUUGCAGCGUGUUUGUGUUGUUGUUCUCUUUUGGCGGGUAAAAUAAACUUUGAAUACAUUUACGGUUUGAAUGUCACUGGUUCAAUCGGUGUAUUUCUUCUUCUUAAUCUGAUGAGUCAGAAACAAAGUAUAAGUCUUUAUAGUACUAUUAGUGUUUUGGGUUACGGAUUAUUCCCUGUCGUUAUUCUGUCGUGCAUUGCACUAUUUUUUCCAUUAAGGUGCUUGAUGGGCGCGAUUUUAUCCAUUUUAUGCGUCGUUUGGUGCACUGCAACAGCUUCCCGAUUUUUUGAAACUGCACUGGAAAUGACUCACCAAAGAUUUUUAGUUGCGUACCCCAUUUCUUUACUGUACGGCUCCUUUGUACUUCUUACAGUGUUUUGAAAAAAAAAAUAUUGUUUUAGAAAAAUAAACAAUUCCAUAAUAUUUUUAAAAACAUUAUUUAUCCUGGGUGCUUUUCGUUUGUUGACAAAAAAUUUAGUCAAACGUUGUGUGGUUUAAAAAUUUUCUUAUUCAAAUUAUUUAAAAGAAUCAGAACAUUCUCACCAUGACAAUACAAUGCGAUUUGCUUGCUAUUCACAUAACGAUCAAAAGAAGGCUUGUUUUUUUUUUAUCACAGAACCGG